ACACUGCCACUGAAUCAAGCUGAUUUUUGUGGCGAAAUUUAUCAAAAUUGCUUUACAAACUGCGUUUCGGCUUAUGCUGCAUCGGAAUUAUCUACACAGGGACGCCAUAAAUAACUUAAGCUUUUUUAAGCAAGCAAGCCAAAGAUCCAAACCCAAUGGAGCGGAGUCGAAGGGGCAGGAUUCGUCGGAAGCCAUCGUCCGAUUCGGAGAACGAUAGCUCCACGGCAGCUCCCAGCUGCAAGAGAAGUAAGCGGUUCGCCCAAACCGAAUCCGAGGCCGAGGAGGAAGCGGAAAAUGUCGAAUAUCUUGAAGAGGAAGAGAUGGAGAGUAUUCAGGAAGCGUCUACUUCGCAGGCACCAAGGUCACAAAGCACUAAAGCGCGCCAGACACGAGCAAACAUGUCGCAGAGUGCGUGCAGCUUUACUCUAUCGUCUGAGCUGUCCAUUCCAAACGCCUUCGAUCGCUGCGGCAAAGUGAUUUCUAUGCGACUCACCAACUUCAUGUGCCAUUCCAAUCUAUUCAUGGAGUUUGGUCCCAAUAUCAACUUCCUCGUGGGCAACAAUGGUAGUGGAAAGAGCGCCGUGAUCACAGCUUUGGCUUUAGGUCUGACCAGCAGUGCUAGGGCCACCAGCAGGGCCAGCAGUAUACAGAAGCUAAUCAAAAACGGCGAGGCCAGUGCUAGCAUUGCCAUUACCUUGUCUAAUUCGGGAUUGCGGCCCUAUAAGGCGGACAUCUUUGGGCCCCAUCUCACGGUGGUGCGUCAAAUUCGCCAUUCGUCCUCGACCUACGACUUACAAGAUGCACGCGGCAAAAGCGUCUCCAAGAAAGUAGCUGAAAUCCGACGCGUGCUGCUCUGCUUCGGCAUUAAUGUAGAGAAUCCCAUUUUUGUGCUGAAUCAGGAAGCGGCGCGGGAGUUUCUGAAAGAGUUGGAGCCGGCUUCGAAUUACAGACUGCUGAUGAAGGCAACUCAACUGGACGUUUGCACUAGCAGUCUCACCGAAUGUCAUGCACAGCGACGUCACUUUACCCAAGACCUAGAUCAAUUAGAAAAGAAAAGAGAUGUCGUGGCCAAGCAGGUUGAAGCUGAAGAAGAAAAGUUGUCGAUUCUGAAAAAUAAGGAAAUUGUAAAGGAAAAACUAGAACAGUGCAAGGUAAAGUUAGCCUGGAUGGCUGUGACGCGACACCAGGAAGAGCUUAACAAUCUGGAACAUUCGAUUAAACUGAUUGAAAGCAAGAAGGCCAAGCUGGAGCAUACCACAUCCAAAAAAGAGAGUACUCAAGCCACAAUGACCCAACAACUCAGGGAGUUUGAGGCGACUAAAAAUCAAAUUUUGGCGACCUACAAGAUCCAGGAUGAAAAGUUAAGAACAGCAAAACGAGCGGUCCAGGAACUGCUUUUAAAAACCAGUGCUAUAAAAGCCCAAAUCGGAAACGCCGAACGACGCAUGCGAGAGGAUCAACACGCAUACGAUGAAUGUGAGAAGCUUAUUGGAAACUACCAUGCCGACUUCAACCGGGUUAAGGAACAACGGGAGGAGCACGCCAAAAAGAUGGAAGCGCUGAAAAAGCUUGUUGCUGAUGGAGAAGAGGUCAUAGCUCGAUUGCGGGAAGAGCAGCAGCAGAUAAAGAAAGACAUUACGUCGGUUCAGGAAAGGGUGGAGUCGGUUAAGAACGAGAGAAUUCAGCUGCACAAAUCAAAACAGAACAUCAAGGGGAAUAUCGAGUCGUUGUCCCGGAAUAAGUCCAAUGAACUCUCUGUGUACGGCGAGCAGGCAAUACAGGUCGUUCGUACGUUGCGCACUCAGUACGCUGGCCCUAAUAUGCAUUGGAUGCCCCGUGGGCCUCUGGGCCAGUACAUCAGUGCGCCUAAUCCCAAGUAUCGGGAUCUGGUAGAAAACCAGCUCAUGUCCUGUCUGCGCUCCUACAUAGUUAGCUCUGACAAGGAGCGCAAAUCUCUGCGAGAUUUGCUACAAAAUAAGUUUCAUGGUGGGAAUAUUCCCACCAUCAUCACCAGUCCUUUUACUGAUCGCGUUUACGACGUGUCCAGGAACAAGGUGCGACCCACCACGCCAAAUACCACCGUGCUGAUAGAUGAGAUCAGCUGUGACGAUCCGGUGGUAAUGAACUAUCUCAUCGAUAUGCUGCGCAUCGAGACGGUCCUGGUGACGGAGUCCAAAGAGAUCGCAGAAUUCCUGACAUCCGACACUGAGAAUGUGCCUCCCCAUCUGACGAGGGUGCUGGUACCGAACCUAGGACUGGAGUACAUUCCCUCCCCCAACUAUGCCGUGUACUCUUCAAGAAUAAAUCCAGCGCGUUAUAUACACAUAAACGUCGAUGAUCGCAUCCGUCAGCUCGAAAUGGAGAAAAGUGAGCUUGAUGAAAAAGAUGCGUCUCUUGAAAUAGACUAUAUGCAACAUAAGAAGAAAGCAGAGAACACCCAACUUGAAAUUACCAAGAGAGGUUCCAUGAUUGGCCAGCAUCAAUCGAGGAAUCAGCGGGCCAUGCAGCAGAUAAUGGAAUUGCAAAACUUCGACUACCAAGAGCUGCCCGAAUAUGAUCGUCUGAAAUCCCAUUUGGCCGAUAGCGGUGAGAAAAUUGAAAAAUGCAAAGAAGAACGCCAAAUGCUGCACCAAAAAUUAAAUGAAAUUCAAGAACGCAAGGCGGAAUUAGAUGCGACCGCAGCUGAAGAAAAUAUGGCUCUUAAUGGAAUAAAUGAAAAGCUUUCCACACUCGACACAGAAGCUCGCGAAAUAGAGUCUAAGAUUCGUAGUCUAGACCUUCACUAUGAGGAAAAUACUCGAAAUUUUCAGAAAACAUUGCAGCUCGAAAGGAAAAUGAUCGACGAGAAGGAGACCGUGCUAAAUGAGUUGGAGAAGGCUCGCGGUGAGGCUGAGAAAUUGGGAGAGUUUAUAGCCACGACGCAAUCGGAGGAGAAAAUACGCGAAAUAAUUAGUCGCUAUAAAUCUAAGAUUAAGCAGGUGGAGCAGCUAAACUACAAUACCGAAGAUGUGGAGCGAGAAUUGAGUAUGUUGCGAGACGAUCUGGGCCUUCAAGCCAGGCACUUGGCCGUGGUCGAUUCCGUCAUCAAGAAGCUACGCAUGGCAUAUCAUCAGCGUGCGCAACUUUUCCAGAGAUGUCGCCAUCACUAUUUUACCAUGGUUCAGUUUCAGUUUGAGCAAGCCCUAGCCAUGCGACAAUUUAAAGUUAGUUUUGAGUCCAGUGACAAAGAGAAAACGUGGAAGAUCAAUGUAUUCCCACCCAGUGGAAACGAAACUUCCAACACCAGAAGCUUAUCAGGCGGUGAACGCUCGUUUACCACAGUUUCCUUGCUAAAAGGACUUUGGAGCACUUCAGACCAUCCCUUUUAUUUUCUAGACGAAUACGACGUGUUUACUGACGAAGUAAACCGUAAGUUUAUUACGGAAAUCCUGAUCGGUGAGGGCCUGGAGUGGAUGUCGCGUCAGUAUUGUUUCCUUACGCCCCAGGACACUGCGGUCGAAGCCAGCAACCAUAUUACAGUGCACAAAUUGGAGGCUCCGGAUCGGUAAAUGUAAUAAAAUAAAUCGUUAAAACUCAAAAGUUGCAGGCCGACAAAGCAUCAGUAUCAACUAUUUAUAGGAGUUUAUGAAUGAAUAACUGUUCAAUUUACUUUAAGCAGAAUUUUUAAUGACAAUUUGUGGUUAAAUUUUAAGUUCAAUGAUGUUUGUUUUCUUUAACAAGUUAUUAAUUAAAUAUUAAA